AUGUGGAUGACUCCCACCUCACUGCCCUUGUGGCAGGGCAUCCGGAGGAAAGUGAGUCUGCUGCUGCCGUAUGUCUGGCCCCGCGGCUCGGUGUGUCUGCAGGGACUCGUGUUGCUGUGUACGGGGCUGCUGUUAACCGAGCGCCUCGUUAACGUCCUGGUUCCUCUGUACUCAAAAAAUAUCGUAAAUGAUUUAUCUGCUGGAAGUAACUGGACUUCAGUUGUUGCCUCUGUGUGCAUCUACACACUGCUAAAGUUUCUGCAGGGAGGGGGCGCUGGCACCUCUGGUUUUAUUAGUAAUCUCCGUCAGUUUUUGUGGAUUAAAGUGCAGCAAUUUACCAGCAGAGGUGUACAGGUGCGCUUGUUUUCUCACCUGCAUGCUCUAUCUCUUCGGUGGCACCUGGACCGGAAAACUGGAGAUGUUUUGAGGAGCAUUGACCGGGGCACAUCGUCCAUUAACAACCUACUGAGCUACAUCCUGUUCAGCAUCCUCCCCACCAUCUGUGACAUCAUCAUCGCCAUUGUCUACUUCAGCUCUUAUUUCAACCUUUGGUUUGGCCUCAUAGUUUUGACCUGCAUGGUCCUUUAUCUCACAUGUACAAUUCUCAUUACUGAGUGGAGAACCAAAUAUAGGAGGGAGAUGAACAUUCAGGACAACAAUGCCAAAAGUCGAGCUGUGGACUCUCUGCUCAACUUUGAGACUGUAAAAUAUUACAGUGCUGAGACAUAUGAGGUCCACUCUUUUGAAAAGGCUAUUCUUAGAUUUCAACAAUGUGAAUGGAAGACCUCAGCAUCUUUAGCUCUAUUAAAUCAAACUCAGAAUGUAAUCAUAGGCUCGGGUCUGCUGGCCGGAUCACUGCUGUGUGCUCACUUGGUCUCUGAGGGGCAGUUUCAGGUGGGAGACUAUGUUUUAUUUGGGACAUACAUUAUUCAGCUCUACACUCCACUCAACUGGUUUGGGACCUACUACAGAUUGAUUCAAAGUGCCUUUGUUGACAUGGAGAACAUGUUGGAUCUGCUAACUGAGCAGGUGGAGGUACAGGAUGCUGCUGAUGCCCAGGACUUGCACCUCACUGCAGGACGAGUACAAUUUGACAAAAUCUGUUUCAGCUAUGUGCCAGGACUGGAGGUUUUAAAUGAAGUGACCUUUACAGUUGAACCUGGACAGACAGUGGCUCUGGUUGGUCCUUCAGGAUCGGGGAAGACCUCCAUACUUCGUCUGUUGUUUAGAUUUUAUGAUCUUCAGAGUGGCUCUAUUCAUAUAGAUGGUCAAGACAUUUCCAAGGUUUACCUGUCUUCUCUGAGAGGGUGUAUUGGAGUAGUUCCUCAGGACACAGUGCUUUUCAGUGACACCAUUGGAAACAACAUCAGGUACAGCCGGAUCACAGCAACCCAGCAGGAGGUGGAGCAGGCGGCAAGGGCAGCAGACAUACACUCACGGAUACUGGAGCUGCCUCAGGGUUAUGAGACAGAGGUGGGAGAGCGGGGCUUGAAGCUCAGUGGAGGUGAGAAGCAGAGAGUGGCCAUAGCUCGAACAAUCCUCAAGAAUCCGCAGAUCAUCCUGCUGGAUGAGGCCACCUCCUCCUUGGACACUCAAACAGAAAGAAACAUCCAGGCUUCUUUGGCUAAGAUCUGCACCAAGAGGACCACUAUUGUUGUGGCACACAGGUUGUCCACUAUUGUAGAAGCAGACCAGAUUCUAGUGCUUCAUGCUGGCCAAAUAGCUGAAAGAGGAAGACAUGAAGAACUGCUGACCCAGAGAGGACUGUAUGCAUCCAUGUGGACCAAACAACAAAGGACUCUCCACACAGACUAAAAUUGACUCUCCGUAGUUUCUGGUGCCAUAGGGCAGUGGGCAGGUUUUGGCAGCCCUGGUACUCCCUCUGCAACUCACUGUCUGUCAAAGGAGGGGUGACAUUACAAGGAGCUCCAGCCAGUGUCACAUUCAGAAGACCA